CUCCGUAAUAUACGGGGUGACGCGUGAAGUUACUGUGAGCUAUGAAAGGGGUCAAGGAGCGGCCUGAUUGUGGUGAGCUGCGUGUGUUCUGCGUGCACUUCUUCUGAUAGCCAAAAAGCACAGCAGCAGACAGCGGCUGAACCCACAUCUCUCGCGCGGCCAAGAACAGCCCCCGCCUCCGCAUUUUUUCUUGGACUGUUGUUGUUGUCUGGAAAUCACCACAACAAUAAAAGACUAAAAACAUCAUCAUGGACCAUCUCCAAACCAUCCUGGGGAAGCCCGUGACCGAUCCCGAAGAAGAAGCCUUUGUCGUCUUCUCGCAACACGGCCCUUCUCAUCAGUCUCUGGGCUUCAUCGACUCCAAGGCAGCCGCCAUCGAGCUCAGCGUUGCUGGCAGAGACCUGACCAUCCACCACUCGAGGGGGCUGCUCACCUCGGACCGCAAGCAAGGGACCACUGGAGCAGUCGUCUGGAAGGUGACGCCGCUUUUCGCUGACUGGAUUGCCUCGUCCAACUUCCUCUCCGCCGCCGGCUACUUGUCCACUGAGACUGUCGCCUUGGAGCUGGGUGCUGGCGUCGCCGGCAUUGUGGCGCUGACGUUGGCACCGUCCAUCAGCAGGUACAUUGCUACCGACCAGCAUUAUGUCCUCCGCAUCCUGAAGCAGAACAUCUCCGACAAUCUUCCCAAUAACGCAACCACAUCAGCGAAGAGGGCUUCCUCCCGGACUAAACGCUCACAGCCCUUGAACCAGCCUAACCUGCCAUGUAUAGAAACCUUCGAGUGGGAUUGGGAAUGGGACGCCUCCUCCUUACCACCCCUCCUCCACCAGGGCCGCGACACUGCAAACGUUGGCGUCGACUUGGUCAUUACCUGUGACACCGUCUACAACGACGCCCUCAUCGAGCCUCUGAACAACACGUGCGCCAACAUUUGCCGACUCCGGUCGGCAGAUCCGCACCGGAGACCUACCCUUUGCCUUGUUGCCCAACAACUGCGUUCUCCUGAAGUCUUUGAGUCCUGGCUCAAGAGCUUCCACAGUUUAUUCCAUGUAUGGCGAGUGCCCGAUAAGCUCCUUACACCGCCGUUGAGAGAGAAUUCGGGCUUUACCGUGCAUGUCGGCAUACUACGCUGACUAUGGCCGGCACGCAAAUUGUAAACACAGUGGUAGAUCUAUGCAUCCGUGCUAAAGGAAAGAGGGGACUACUCUUGAUCGAAUACUAGCUCUGCCCAUCCCAACACCCCGUAUCCUUUGCAACAUGUCCCGCAGUUUACUAAAUGAGGCCACUGCUCGACAUGCUUAACCGAAUCAAUUUCCGCUUAUAUAUCCGGGUUCUGCAUCUCCGCAUCUUCCAUUAGUAGGUGAUGGUGCUCCAGAUGGAUAUAUUCUGGCAUCGCCAACAUCAAACCUCCACUUGGAACCGUCGAUCUGCACGUGACGUGCGAGAAUAGGUUGACUAAGCGCUGCCUUGUCUUGGCUUUCUUGGGCAGCCAAUCACCACGAGGCGUCGGUGAGGGGAGGAGGAGGUGCCAUGGCCCAUCACAUCACGACGCCUACGCAGGAAUUGGCACGGACGGCCGACUCCGCGACGCGCCAGUAACAG